AUGGAGAAAUCAAAUUCUUCUUUCUCUUCUCCCUCUCCUCCUCCUAUUUCUAAGCCAAGGCACAAGAGAAGCAAGAAUGCCCAUGCGAUCACUGACAAGAACAAUGUGGGAGGAAGCACCAGUGCUUGUGGGAAGCGAAGCUCUAUCUAUAGAGGAGUCACCAGGCAUAGGUGGACUGGAAGAUAUGAAGCUCAUCUGUGGGACAAGAAUAGCUGGAAUCUCAUGCAUAACAAGAAAGGCAGACAAGUUUAUUUGGGGGCCUAUGAUGAUGAGGAGGCUGCAGCUCAUACCUACGACCUUGCCGCACUUAAGUACUGGGGUCCUGAUACAGUGCUUAAUUUCCCUGCAAACACCUAUUUGAAAGAGUUCGAGGAGAUGCAGAGCAUGUCAAAGGAAGAAUACUUGGCUACUCUUAGGCGAAGAAGCAGUGGCUUCUCCAGAGGAGUAUCUAAAUAUAGAGGCGUUGCAAGGCAUCACCACAAUGGUCGAUGGGAGGCUAGGAUUGGACGCAUCCAUGGCAACAAAUAUCUCUACUUGGGAACUUUCAGCACACAAGAAGAGGCAGCCCAAGCCUACGACAUGGCCGCCUUAGAAUACAGAGGCCCCAAUGCGGUGACCAACUUCAACACUAGCUACUAUACAAGCCAUCCACCCCCAUCGCCAAUGCCAAUGCUAGAGCCCAACUAUUCCAUGAUUAUGCCGUCUCCUUCCUCAUUGAAGUCUCUUGACAAAGAGCUUUCUGACAUUAUCAACAUACAAGUCCCAGAUGACUUUGGAGAUCUUCUCUGGUCAGAUAUGGAGAAUAAGGAGUUCGACUCUUCUCAAGAAGUUAACUUUGAGGAAACUAAUAACCUCCAUGAUUUGUUUGAUUGCGUUGGUUUUGAGGAGAAUAUCGAGCAUCUUUUCGAGGGGAUCGAUUAUGAUAAUGGCAAUAUUGACAACAAUAAUGAUGAUGGUGGUGGCGGCCUGGCGGAGGAAAGGGCAAGCUCGAGUACGCUUAAUUCGGCUGCUUCUUAUCCUCCUCCAGUCAGUAUAUACUCUUAG